GAGGAGCAAACUUCAGCUCAGUAAGGCGAUAGUAGGGCGUGUGUGUGUAUGUGUGUGUGUGUGUGUGCGUGUGUGUGUGUGUGUGUGAGAGAGAGGGGGAGCCGAUUCCUGGAGCUAAAUCUGGACCGCACUUACACUCGACUCGCCCGCUGUUAACACUGGACGCAGGCCAAUGAGACAAAACAGCGUUAUUAUCGCAAGUGAAAUGCAAAAAUGUGAUCUUGGCCUGUCGGCGCGCUGGGUGGGAGAGCAACAGCUGUGGCUGCGCAGAUGAUGACGGCGCUCCCGGUGAUCUUCGUCCAGCUCACAUGCCUCGGAGACCAGCGAGUGGCGUCCAGUUCCAGUCGACUUGUAACCUGUGCCGAGAGAGCCACAAAACUCAGGUGUGGCUUUGUUUCUUAGUUCUGAGCUUCUUGAGUAUUCCCACGUGUGCUGCAUCUGGAAAUAAUGUACAACCUUUAAAGAGGUGCUUCGAGAUGCUGAAACACACCAUUCAGAAAUCUGACGCUAUGCUGUAUGCUCCGUCAAUUGAUGACAUUCCUGAGAACUGUACCAGUAUGGCGCUCAAAUGUUACAUGUUGGAGUUUCAAAUGGUCCUCGAUGAAGAGGAAGUUAAUGACGCUAAAGCAACUUGCAUCUUUGCGUACAAUAAAAUACCACGUCCUGACACUGUUGGCUGUCCGCCGUGCGAAAAAUACUCACUCAAAAAUAUUACAAUAUUCCUGGACAGACUAAACACCCUUUUGGAAAAAAUGAAUGCACAAGGGAAAAUGUAAAAUGAUGUGAAUACUACUGUAACCUAUAAAUAUGCCUUUGUAUAUAUCUGUAAAGAAUUGUGGCUGUUUUUAUUUUUUUAAUAUAAUAUUGUGACUAUGUCAACCUGUAACCAUGCUGUCCUUUCUGUGUGAAAUGUUAUGCAUUGUUUUAUAAUACAGUCAGACCACACUAAAUUUGAUGUGGAUGCUAUGAUAUUAAACAGUUUAAAUGUAUGGGAUUAUAGUACCACAUCUCAGGCCAAUGUUUGUUUUUAACUGUACAGAUGAAGUGUUUCUGUCUUUAUAUCACAAUUUGCCUUUCAGUUGUAAAGUUAUCUGAAAUAUAUCAGGAAAUAGCAGACAGUAGCAGCAUGUAUUGUCUAUACAGAAUAUACAUUGUUAAGCUCAUUGCUAAACACUACUGAAUGUAAUACCUAAUAUACAGUAUAUGCUCGUGACUAUCUCCAAUAUCUGCUCAUAACAGUAAAUAAUAUCCUAUCUAUA